AUGCCGCUGCCGGAAACACAUCCACUAGCAAUAGAAAAGAAACGAAGAAAAACCCAAGCCGAAAAUCCAACCCCUAGCAGUGAAUCCAAAAGCUAUAAUCACGGUGGUGGGAUUCAGCGAAUACUUUCGACAUCGCAGCGACAACGUGGGGCUCAAGAUUUAAGAUGGGAGCAGAGACAACAGCAAUUGGAGAUGGAGUUGCAAAGAGAGAUGGAGAGGUAUAAAACUGUGGGAUAUGUCCAAUUAGUUGAUGACUUUACGACUGUUUGCUCUGCUGUCCUUAUGUUUAACGAUCUUGAUCGGUUGAGGAGUAAAGCUUCGCGGAUAUUGAUAUAUCCCGAAAGCUGGGAUAUGCAACUCGAAAUCUCGGAGUCUCAACAAAAGGAGGCACAAAAGAUACUAGCUAUCCAAGAAAAGACAUUGAACAACAAACGGAAACAAAAGAACACUAAGAAGACUAGCAAAAAGAAGAAGAAUAAGAAGGAAGAUACAACCAAACUGUCGGACGAAGAAGCAACAAACCCACUCGACCCUCCGCCACUUCCGCACCAAAUAUCAGCGGAUAAAUCACAACAAUAUCAUACAGCAAGGAGGCUCCUACACCUCGCAAGAAUCAAACACUCAGCAAUACUUCUACCAAUGCCAGAUGAUACAGUCAACCCGUUAGUAAUGCUCAAUAUGACGGAUUACAAACGACUGAUAUACCUUCGAAGUCCAGCUGUUAUCAUGAAAAACAUGGACGAGAUGCUAUUACACUCUCCCGUGGCGACGGUAUCUGCACCUAGGGAUAGCAGUGGAGGACUAUCAUCAAAUUUCUUGAUGGUGACGCCUGAGCAUGGAGAGUUAGAAUAUGUCAUGAAGCAGGAAGGGGCCAUUUCUAAAGAUUUUGGGGGGUUGGGGAAACUAGUGGACAAAAUAUAUGCAACUACAGCAAUGAUCCUCCCUCGAUGGCCUCACGACGUUUUCACAUCCGACUUUUUCAAUUCACCGGUCGAAAGCAAUGGGAACCGAGCAUCAAACUGGAAACCAUCAAAAGUUCUCAAGGAAGCGUAUUAUAUCUUCUUCGACGCCGGAAAGAAAAUUAAAAACGGAGAGUGGGAAAAAGUACCACAACCUUGGAAACUUAAGAGUUUGGAAGAAGAUGUAGCUCCAAAAUGUCAAAUGGUUCAAGAGACGGGGAAUGGAGAAGAGAGAUUGGAUUGCACGGCAAGGGAUGUAUGGCGGACAUUGUAUGACGGGUACAGACAACGGAGGAUGGAAGUCUGUGGAUUAGAUCUGGAAGCAUGA